AUGCAACUGGAAAUCACUGUUACUGCCAAGGAUGACUACAGCCUUGUUAAGAGUUCUCUGUGGGUUGGCGAGGAUGCCAGUCUGAUACCGGAGGAUGACACCGGCAUUCCAGAUUAUCCCAACUUCCCUUACACUUGGACCAACACCAAUGAAGAAACCCCUUGGAAAUCACUUGUCCUGGUCAACAGAUCAAGUACAUGCAAUGUGGACAUGACAGAGUUUGGUUUGACUGUGGUUUCGCAAGUCACAGUUGAGCAAUCAGACGGCCAAGAGGUCGACGCUUAUGCAGUGGAGAAUGACUUUGAUGGAACAGACCUCUACAGUGGAACCAGUCUAAUGGUGGAAUGUGAAUGCGUGAAGGAAGUAGUGGAAGAGAAGUGCAUCUCACCAAUUGACAACGAAGGAAAGUACUGCCGUGCCCUCAUGACCAGUACAAUGGAUCCUGUCGGCAGUGUUUGCAUCGAAGUAUUGGAGAACCCAAUGCAGUUGCGUGUCACAGUUGAUGUACAUGAGGUAUAUUCUCUUGAUUCGAUUGCACUAUGGAUUGGGGAGGACACUGAUGCUGUCCAGACCAACCGGUCAGCCCCCCCUGAAACCGCACUCUUCCCCUACAAGUAUGUGAGUUCUCUACCAAGAGAAAAUCAAUGGGAAGUAUCUGUCAAUGUGAAUCGAUCAGACACAUGUGGUGGAUACAUGGAUCAGUUUGACUUGAUUGCCAUGACACAAGUACUUGUGGAGGGAUCCGAAGGAGACAUUGUCGAAGCGUAUGCUGUUGAGGAUGACUACAGAAGUCUUUUUAGUGGAACCAUUGUUUCUGUCAGAUGUGAAUGUGUCAAAGAAUGCAUUGAAGCCAAACCAUCCUUACCAAAAUCAGUAUGUCAUGAAAUAUUGGGUGAUGACGCGAUGGCUAUUGGUUCUAUGUGUAUGGGAUUGAGCAAAGAUGGCAGCACAAUGGAAGUCACAUUUGAGACCACGGAUGACUGGGGUCUUGUCACAACUGUGUUCUGGGUGGGAGACAAUAUCACAGGUGUUCCAUUUGAUGAGGGUUCCCUUGACACUGAGAGCUUCCCCUACUAUUGGUGCAAUUCCACUGGAGCGACGGCCCAUACCACACAUAUUGACUUCAAGUGGUUAUAUCUGUGUGAAGAGGAAGGGGAAUUCUCUCUUGCUGUUGUAGCCCAGGUUGCAGCUGCAAAGCUUUCACAGAAAGGAAAGGCAAUUGAAGGCACUGAAAUAAUUUCUUUCAUCUCAGAAUAUGAGAUUGACUUGAUGGACGACUCCUUUGGCUGGUUUGAUGUUCCAGUCACGUGUACAUGUGAACCAAAGAAGAAGAAACCAGUUUGUCCCGAUGGAGACAUGGUACCUGAGAUUACAAAGUCAGAAUGCCAUGGUGUUUUGGGAGUUGACUCCAUGCCUGUUGGUUUUAUGUGUGUUGAGUUGAGCACUGACGGCGACAGCCUUGAAGUGACUUUCAAGUCCACCGAAGGCUGGGGACUUAUCACCACGGACUUCUGGGUGGGAGAGAAUAUCAAAAGUGUUCCCCAGGACCAUGUUGGAUCACUCGACAUUGAAAGCUUUCCAUACUAUUGGUGCAACUCAACAGGAGAGACUGUACAUUCUACCAAGAUUGAUUUCAAGUGGGGAUACCUAUGUGACGAGGAAUCUGAAUUCUCACUUUCCAUCGUGGCUCAGCUUGCCAUGGCUGAACUUUCACAGAUCGGGAAGGCAAUUGAAGGAACAGAGAUUGUCUCCUUUGUUUCAGAGUAUGAGAUUGACUUGAUGGAUGACUCCUUUGGCUGGUUUGAUGUCCCAGUGACAUGUGCUUGCAAGAAGCCCGUUUGUGUUGAAGGAGAACCCAAGGUGGCCAAGGAGGAAUGCCACAAUGUUCUGGCUGGUGAUAACGCUCCAGUUGGAUCCAUGUGUGUUGGCUUGGCCAACAAUGGCAAGGACCUGGAUGUAACAUUUCAGUCUACAGGAGACUGGGGUCUCAUCACAACUGAGGUAUGGGUGGGAGACAACGUACACGGCGUUCCCUUUGACGAGGAGGGUUCCCUGGAUGUGGAGAGCUUCCCAUACUUUUGGUGCAACUCAACAGGAGAGACCUCCCACUCCACCCAUGUUGACUUCAAGUGGGCAUACCUAUGCGAAGAGAAAGAUGAGUUCUCUCUUGCUGUUGUCGCUCAGGUUACUCUUGCGAAACUGUCCAAUGCCGGGAAGGCCAUAGAAGGAACUGAGGUUGUUUCCUUUGCUUCGGAAUAUGAGAUUGACCUUAAGGAUGACACCUUUGGCUGGUUUGAUAUCCCCGUGACAUGUGCUUGUGAACCAAAGAAGUGUCCUUAUGAUAUGGAACCAGAGAUCACCAAAGCUGAAUGCCACAACAUCAUGGGACAAGACUCCAUGCCUGUUGGUUCUAUGUGUGUUGGAGUUUUCGAUUUGAAAGGAUCGGUAUCAGCAAGCCGGAAAUGCCUUUGGAAUCAAUUGGAGACUGGGGUCUUAUCACUACAGUUUGGGGGUGGAGACAAUGUUACCAGUGUACCAUUGAUGAUGAUGGUGCCCUUGACAUGA